AACGUCACGUUCUACAGUAAAAAUUCCACCAAUGAGAAGACCUGAUUUGACACGGGACGGAGAGGUGCGCCCUUAAAGUGUAUUCAACAGCGAUGGAAGUUUUUUAUUAUUAAAGUUGCGUAUAAACUUAACCGGUUCCGUUUAAUCUCGUUCGUUUUACUUUGUCUCGGUUUUUUUUUUAUCGUGUUUUUAACCAUGGUUUGGUUCAGUAGAGUUACCAAACUUCACUACGGAGUUCUCCGUUGUUCGCUCUCCUCUGCCUCUGGCAAAAGUUACAGCGCGAUUCAAGUUCCCUAUUUGUCCAGACAGUGGUGUAGAUAUGGUGCACCGAGACCAGUUCACUACUACAGCACCCUGCCACCUGCCACAGAUAUAUCUGUACAGUAUAAGUAUGGGCGACCAGUGUUGUCUCUCCCCCUGCCCUCCCGUAGUGAGUUGUGUCAGUUCAGUCUACGUCCCAUGUUGAUGACAGUAACAGACCUACUCUCAGACAUACAGAGAGAGGACCCUGGAGUAGCUAUUGCAGCUGUACUGAACACAGAUGGAGAGAGGGUAUGCACUACCACCUCUAUAGACACAGUUCUCAAUCAAGACUUCCAGAUCCUCAUCAACAGCACCAUCUACAGGAUACACUCCCCGGGCAGAGAGUCUCCAGAACAUUCCACCAGUAUAGAUGACAUGAAGACAGUAGUCCACAUGCUCCAGUCAGCUCUCAACCUGCCAGAACACCAGCUGCUGAGACAGACUCAGCUUCUCCGCAGACUGGAUACACUGAAACAGGAGCUGGGACCUCUGGAGCUGGUGCGAGCCCAAGUGGCUAGGAGGGCGGAGUCUCAGUCGAUGCGUGUAGAGUGGGCGGUGCUUGCCUUUCUCGCUCUACAGGGAAGCUUUCUGGGAUACCUGACUUGGUUUGUGUUUGCCUGGGACGUGAUGGAACCAGUCACCUACUUCAUCACCUACGCUACCAGUAUGGGCUUCCUGGGUUACUACAUACUCACUAAACAGGAGUUGCUCUAUCCAGAUGCUAAGGAUCGUCAGUUUCUCCACUUCUUCCACAAGAGGGCAGCGAUGGAACACUUUGAUAUACACAGAUACAACGCACUACGCGACCAACUGGCUACGGUGGAGAGUGAUCUGAAACGCCUGAGGAACCCUAUCCAGCUACAGCUACCAGUGAACAACAUCCAGCCCAGCAACUAAACACACUACACACACUACACACACUACACACACUAUACUCACUACACACACUACACACACUAUACACACUACACACACUACACACACUACACACACUACACACACUACACACACUAUACACACUAUACUCACUACACACACUAUACACACUACACACACUACACACACUAUACACACUACACACACUAUACUACAUUUACAUUUUAGUCAUUUAGCAGACGCUCUUAUCCAGAGCGACUUACAGUAGUGAAUGCAUACAUUUUAUUUUUAUUUUUUGUACUGGCCCCCCGUGGGAAUCGAACCCACAACCCUGGCGUUGCAAACACCAUGCUCUACCAACUGAGCCACAGGGAAGGCCACACACCACACACACUACACUACAAAAGGAUUAAUAUUGUAGCACCUUUAUUUGUUCAGCGUAACUCCAGCUCUACAUUUCUCUCUCACGUGGUAGAACUCAGAGGGAUAUGGCCUGGGGUCAAAGAAUAUUAUUUCACAGAUUUACAGAUUUACUAUAUGAAAUAAAUACAUCAUUUUUAUCUGUGCUUGAUUGAGCUUGUCUGGAUUAAUGGACCAAUAGAAUAGUCCCAAAACGUUAAACCCUGCCCAUUUGAAACUCCAGGCAGGCUAAAACAAACGCUCAAAGUACUUCAAAUAUUUCAAAUAUUUUUUUGAACGUUUGGUCUGGGGGUCUCUGUCUGUUGGGAACACUGAAACUAACUCUUCUCAACAAAAAAAACAAAUAAAAACAUUGAUAUUCA